AUGCUGCAAGGCCCAGAAGGCUUUGUUCGACUACCCAAUGAGCACCAGCUUUUCUCAUCUCCGCCGCGCACCAGCCUCUCACUGCAACCCCUUGGUUCCAGUGCCAGCAAAGAUGCGUUCUCCCUCCAGAGUAGUGCCGGCCAAAUAUACCUCACAAACCAAAGGGUCGUUUACAUCCCUGCUCAACAAACCAAGGAUUUCCAGUCGUUUUCUGCACCACUCUUGAAUGUCCACGAUGCCCAUGUCACAGCGCCGUUUUUCGGGCCAAACGCAUGGAUGGCUCUUGUCCAGCCGGUAUCUGGCGGAGGCAUCCCCGCUUCGCUGCCCGCUGUACAGCUCAAAGUGACGUUCAAAGAGGGCGGGGCGUUCGAUUUCCACAACAACUUCGAGAGAAUCAAGGAACGUCUGCAACAGGCGGUCGAGAACACUCAGGCGAGUAGUCGAGGUGCUCAAAAUGUCGACCUGUCUGCUAUUCAUCUAGACGAACUCCCUGCGUAUUCUGGUCCAUCGGGUGGUACAUCUGGGGCUGGCCAUGGCACUGCAAACCGGCCCCCGAGUCCACAGUCUCAUCGGACCGGCCCAGGCACCGGACCAGAGCCCAUGGAGCCUCCGCCAGACUAUGAGGAGGUGCAACAGCAGAGUGUCGCGGAUGCGCUCGAGGAGAGACUGCGUCGGGCUAUCGUAAAACCAACCAACCUCAAUUCAAUCUCGCACCGCACUCCAACCCCCCACACCCUCUCCAGUCAAACCCCUCAAUUGACAAUCUCCCCACGGUUCAGCAUGGGUCUCGCCGACUUUUUCACCGACGUCAUCUCCUCCUUCGGCUUCCCCGAGGCUCAGGCUGAGGCUCCCGCCGAGUCCGUUGAGCAGACCACCAGCCAGGAGGCCGAGCCCGAAGAGAAGCCCGCCGUGAACGAGGAGGAGGCCGCCCCCGCCAGCGAAGAGACCUCCGAGGAGUCUGCUGCCGAGGAGACCCCCGCUGAGGAGGCCUCCGAGGAGGAGGAGCAGACGGAGGAAGAAGAGGAGGAGGAAGAGGAAGAGGAGGAAGAGGAGGAGGAGGAGGAGCCUGAGGACAUCAAGCCCCAGCUGGAGGAGGAGUGCGCCAACUCCGCCCAGUGCGCUCCCUACAAGCACCACUUCGAUGAGUGCGUCGAGCGUGUAACCCAGCAGCAGGAGGACGAGGACUACAACGGCCCCAAGGAGGACUGCAUUGAGGAGUUCUUCCACCUCACGCACUGCGCCACCCAGUGCGCCGCCCCCAAGCUCUGGAAGUCCCUCAAAUAA